AUGGCUAGUGUUUACACUGUUGGUGACCAAGAUGAGUGGAGUAGCCAAACAAAUUAUGCUUCAUGGGCAGGGACAUACAAUUUUAGCCGUGGUGAUGUUCUUGUUUUCAAGUACAUGAAAGGGCAACACAAUGUGUAUGAGGUGACAGAAGACACUUUCAGAUCCUGUGAUGCAAGUAGUGGAGUGUUAGCUAAGUAUGAGAGUGGAGAAGAUGAAGUGGCACUAAAUGAGGUGAAGAAAUAUUGGUUCAUUUGCAACUUUGCAGGGCACUGCCUUGGGGGCAUGAGGUUUGGCAUUAAAGUUAAAGAUGCCACCAAUCUUACUCAUUUCAAGGAUAUUCACCCACCACCAAUUCAACCAACUCCUUUGCAUAAUUCUUGUUCCACUUAUUUUGUAUCUCAAAGAUGGACACUGAUUUUGAAUUUUAUUCCUUUAGGAUUGUUUCCGUUCAACUAUUAUUUGUAA